AUGCUGUCGUGUACAUUCCUCGGAAUGUUGAUUGUGCAAUGUCUUGUCUGUGUGAUAGGUGCGUUGAUAUGGGGUGAAGUGAGCGACAGAUAUGGCCGAAAAUGGCCAUUUGCCAAUAUGCUUUUUGUAACAAUACUUUGCGGCUUGCUGUCCUUUACAGCAACCACUGAUUUUCCUUUGCUCUGUCUUGCCAUCACUGGUGUCGGUAUUGGCGUCGGUGGUCAUACCGCCGUGGAUUCUUGCAUGUUUUUAGAAUUCUGCCCUUCUAGUAUGCAUCAUCGAAUGAUGCUGUUGACUGUGUUUUUCUCAUUUGGAACCAUGUUUUCUGCUGCCGUCACCUUGUUGGUCGUUGUAAUGUUUCAGAAUUAUGAGUUUUUAUCGGUUUUCGAGCCUUGGAGAGUAAUUUUAGGUGUCGUAACUAUUGGAUCGUUGAUCAUUCAGGUGUGCCGACAUACCUUUAUUACACUUCAAGAAACUCCAAAGUUUCUUUUAGAAAAGGGGCAUAAAGAUAAACUAUAUCAAGUGCUGAACCAUCUUAUCAAGCAAAAUAACUCACUACAUGUGCCCAUUUCCUUGCAGGAUAUUGAUCAACUCAUCCUGACACGAGAAGAAUCCAAUCCUACUCAUUCUACUAUAGUGGGUAGUCACGCAUAUGUUUCCACUGAAUCAGACACCGAAAUCAUCGAGGAACAACAUUCAACUGUGGGAAUUCGACACAUUUCCAGACUCGAUUCCCCAUCCAUGUUUGAUACAUACCGUAUACGAACGACACUGCUUCUUGGAGCCAUUUGGAUCCUAAUUAGUUUAGGGUUUACCAUGUUCAAUGCGUUUAUACCUGCUUUUAUGGAGGGCAAACAUCCCGACUUGAACCAAAUGGUAUCUACUACUGAACCACUCAAAUCAGAAAUACAGAUCUAUAUCGAUUGUAUGGUGUACGCGAGUUCAUCCAUUCCAGCUGUAGUCAUUGCUUUAUAUCUAGUCUCGUCUCCUAUUUUUCAAAUGCGCGGAACACUAGCCAUGUCGUGUAUGGUAUCUGCAGGUGCCUUGUGUCUAUUUAUAUAUGUUCAAGGACACCAUGCAUCAGUGCUUUUAUCUAGCUCAUUGAUCAAUAUAGCAUCAGCUGUUGUCUAUGGUGUGCUGUACGCAUUUACCCCAGCUGUCUAUCCUACAAGUAUCCGCGCUAGAGUGACUGGUUUAUUUAAUGCUCUAGGAAGAAUUAUUGGAAUUAUUGCACCAGUGCUUUCGGGUGCGUUUCUGUCCAUGGAGUUUGAUAUUCCAAUAUAUGUGUGUGCAGCAGCAAUAUUCCUGGCGGCUCUAUGUGCCAUCUUGCUUCCUUUUGAAAAAGAUGCAACUGCCUGA